AUGCAAAUAGUCGAGAGUGACUCCGCUCACGGUGACUACCCGCAGAGUCAUGAGGCCAGCGUGCUGGCACGAGCCCUGAUACCUCACGACGGACUUCCUGCGGCGCCGCACAGAGCCCAGCGAGAAGCUGUGCACAUCGAGAAGAUAAUGUUGAAAGGAGUCCAGAGAAAAAGGGCUGACAAAUAUUGGGAGUACACCUUCAAAGUAAAUUGGUCUGAUCUUUCAGUCACAACAGUAACAAAAACCCACCAAGAACUACAAGAAUUUCUACUGAAGCUCCCAAAGGAAGUGUCUUCCGAGACUUUUGACAAGACCAUCUUAAGAGCCCUGAAUCAGGGUUCGUUGAAAAGGGAAGAACGGCGACAUCCUGACCUAGAGCCCAUCCUAAGGCAGCUAUUUUCAACUUCAUCCCAAGCUUUUCUACAGAGUCAGAAAGUGCACAGCUUCUUUCAGUCCAUAUCACCAGACCCUCUGCACAGCCUCAAUAACUUACAGUCCUCUCUGAAGACUUCUAAAAUAUUAGAACACUUAAAGGAAGACAGCUCAGAAGCUUCAAGUCAAGAAGAAGAUGUGUUACAGCACACCAUAAUCCACAAGAAACACACCGGCAAGAGUCCCCUUGUGAACACCAUUGGUACAAGUUGUUCUCCGUUGGAUGGGCUCACCGUGCAAUAUUCUGAACAGAACGGAAUUGUGGAUUGGAGAAAGCAGAGCUGCCCCGCCGUUCAGCACCCGGAGCACUGUGUGGCCUUAGCUGACCAGCAUUCAACUGAAAAACGAAGCUUAUCUUCAAUAAAUAAGAAGAAAGGAAAGCCACAAAUAGAAAAGGAGAAAAUUAAGAAAACUGACAACAGAUUGAAUAGUAGAAUAAAUGGUAUCAGACUCUCAACUUCCCAGCAUGCCCAUGGUGGUUCUGUGAAAGAUGUGAAUUUGGACAUUGGAUCUGGACAUGACACAUGUGGAGAAACCUCUUCAGAGAGUUACAGUUCUCCCUCUAGCCCACGACAUGAUGGAAGAGAAAGCUUUGAAAGCGAAGAAGAAAAAGACAGAGACACAGACAGCAAUUCUGAGGAUUCUGGGAAUCCGUCAACAACCAGGUUUACAGGCUGUGGUUCUGUCAACCAGACCGUCAGUGUCAAGCCACCUGUUCAGAUUGCUUCGUUAGGAAGCGACAACGGAGGCCUUCUAGGAGACCCCCUACAUGCGCCCAAGUAUCAGCAUAUUUCUUUUAUGCCAACUUUACACUGUGUCAUGCACAAUGGUGCCCAGAAGUCUGACGUUGUCGUCCCUCCACCCAAAUCCACUGACGGCAAGACAAUAGGGAUGCUUGUUCCCAGUCCCGUUGCAAUUUCUGCAAUAAGGGAGUCCACGAAUUCUACCCCUGUUGGAAUACUGGGGCCAACAGCUUCUACCGGAGAAUCCGAAAAACACCUCGAAUUACUGGCUUCCCCUUUACCUCUUCCGUCGGCGUUCCUCCCGCACAGCAGCGCCCCUGCUCUGCACCUGACAAUUCAGAGGCUAAAGUUGCCGCCGCCACAGGGGUCCUCCGAGAGUUGCCCGGUUAACAUCCCGCAGCAGCCACCCGCGAGUCUGAGCAUCGGAUCACCAAACACUGCCUUUAUCCCUGUCCAUAGCCCAGGUAGUUUUCCGGGAUCUCCUGUGGCUACCACGGACCCCAUCGCAAAAUCUGCAUCCCAGGUGGUAGGACUCAAUCAAAUGGUGCCUCAAAUCGAGGGAAACACUGGGACAGUCCCUCAGCCUACCAAUGUGAAGGUAGUUCUCCCAGCAGCCGGCCUUUCGGCCGCACAGCCACCAGCUUCCUACACCUUGCCGGGCUCCCCGCUUGCUGCCGGCGUGCUGCCCAGCCAGAAUUCCAGCGUGCUCAGCACGGCGGCGGCGUCGGCCCAGUCCGCGGGUGCGGGCAUCAGUCAGGCCCAGUCGGUUCCUCCCGCGGUUCCCACCCACACCCCAGGCCCCGCCCCCAGCCCCAGCCCCGCUUUGACACACAGCACCGCGCAGAGCGACAGCACGUCUUACAUCAGCGCUGUGGGAAACACGAACGCUAACGGGACAGUAUUGCCGCCGCAGCAGAUGGGCUCGGGUCCUUGCGGUUCUUGUGGGCGAAGGUGCAGCUGCGGGACCAACGGCAGCCUUCAGCUGAACAGUUACUAUUAUCCCAACCCGAUGCCCGGACCAAUGUACCGAGUCCCGUCGUUCUUUACUCUGCCAUCCAUCUGCAACGGCAGCUACCUCAACCAAGCACAUCAGAGCAAUGGAAACCAACUUCCUUUUUUUCUGCCUCAGACUCCGUAUGCGAACGGCCUGGUGCACGACCCGGUCAUGGGGAGCCAAGCCAACUACGGCAUGCAACAAAUGGCGGGGUUUGGGAGAUUCUACCCUGUGUAUCCAGCACCUAACGUAGUUGCCAACACGAGCGGUUCGGGGCCCAAGAAGAACGGGAACGUUUCAUGUUACAACUGCGGUGUAAGCGGGCACUACGCACAGGAGUGCAAGCAGUCGUCCAUGGAGGCCAGUCAACAAGGCACUUACAGACUGAGAUACGCACCUCCCCUCCCCCCUUCUAAUGAUACGUUGGAUUCUGCAGACUGA